CGCGAGCCGGCCGAGGACCGAGCGCGUCGCUCCCGCGUCCCUACACCGUUCCCGCCUCGCUUUCGCGGUCGCAGCUAUUGCCCCGAGUUUGGUGGUUCUCGUGUCCCGCCUGGCUCUGCGACGGCUUCGCCCGAUGGCGCCUCAGCGGAGAGGACCACCCAGAGUUCCCGAAGGAAAUAGUGCAGCAGAACGCCGGCACGCGAACAGCACCAAGAAGGACCGGCUGCCUCAGGAGGCACAGAGGACAUGGCUAAGGAUUGUGGCCCUUGGGGUCAGCCUUGCUCUGGUCACAUUCCUGCUCUGGAGUAGUGCAGGGAUCGAUGAUGAUGUUGCUGAAGUUGUGGCCCAUCGUGGUGAGGUCCUAGAAGGCAGGUUCAUUGAGGUUCCCUGCUCUGAGGACUAUGACGGUCACCGAAGGUUUGAAGGCUGCACCCCCAGGAAGUGUGGCCGAGGUGUCACUGACAUCGUCAUCACCAGGGAGGAGGCGGAGCAGAUUCGCAGAAUAGCAGAGAAAGGGCUCUCCCUAGGUGGAUCGGAUGGAGGGGCAUCUAUCCUGGACUUGCACUCGGGAGCCCUGUCUGUUGGGAAACACUUUGUGAACCUGUAUAGAUACUUUGGGGAUAAAAUACAAACUAUCUUCUCCGAGGAGGACUUUCAGUUAUAUAGGGACAUUCGGCAGAAGGUCCAGCUCACCAUUGCUGAAGCUUUCGGCAUCCGUGCAUCCUUGUUGUAUCUGACAAAGCCCACAUUCUUCUCCCGAAUAAAUAGCACAGAAGCCCAGACGGCUCACGACGAGUACUGGCAUGCACACGUGGACAAGGUGACCUACGGCUCUUUUGACUACACUUCGCUGCUUUACCUAUCGGAUUACUUAGAGGACUUCGGUGGAGGGCGCUUUGUGUUCAUGGAGGAAGGGUCCAACAAGACAGUGGAGCCCAGAGCUGGUCGAGUCUCAUUCUUUACUUCAGGUUCUGAGAACCUGCACCGAGUGGAGAAAGUCCUCUGGGGCACCCGCUACGCCAUCACCAUCGCUUUCACCUGCAACCCCGACCACGGCAUCGAGGACCCAGUACUCACGUGACCAGCUAGGUCGUGUACUGAGUACCAUGUCUGGAAGCCUGUUCACGACACCCUAGUGUUGCGAUACAGCCCUGUCGGCGAAGGCACUCCUAGGCCGGGUUGAGUGUGUGCUCAUCUCUCCCAUUUCAGCCCAUUGCUGCUGCCCAAAGUGCCUUAUGAAUUGCCCUGAGUUUUAUUUGAUCUGCUGAUGUUUUAAUCUUUUCAUCUGUGAGUAAAUCAAGGAAGGAGCCUGUUA